UGCAGCACCCCUCCGACUCUCAAUUUCGCUUAGGAAAACUUCUGCUCCUUCGUCAGGCUUCCUUGCAGUCUUGCAGCUGGAGAGGGGCUGGGGUCCUUCCCCCAGGAACUUCUGGGCUUGUGGAAACCCGGCUUUGUCGGAAGUGUGCGAGGAAAGGCAGUCAGGAUCCAGCAGCAGCCUCGUCUAUAGGCAGAUCCUCCGUAGACAAGGCUCUGUAGGAUGCUACACUCAUCCAUAUGGGUGGAUGGAUAGAUGGAUGGAUGGGUGAAUGAAUGGACGGAUGAAUGAAUGAAACGCAAAGAGACAAAGGGGAGAGAAUUAUUCUUACACGCCAGGUACCCGAGGCAUUCCAAUAAAUUGGCUCAGAACCGACGACUUAAUUCAGCCUUUUCGAUGUGGCUGCGGGUUGAAUAUAUGGAGCUGCGCAAAUUUGCAGCGGUCAGCUACCGAACUGAAAUCACGGGUCUGGGAGUGGCGUUCCCCCAGCUUUCUAAUUUUCAGGGCCAUACUCCCACGGCUUUGGGUAAUAAUAUUUUAACGGCUUGAAAAAAAAAUGAGAUCCCCCUAAUUUGGCUUUGGAACCGUUCAGCAAAGAUUGUAUGCACGCAUCUCUAUGUAUCUGCGUGUGAAUACAUAUUUUCAGAAACAGGCGAGUGUCUUUUUAUUCUGACAAAAAGAAGAAGAAGAGGAAAAAGAAGAGCAAUGCCCAGGACUCUCGCCUAGUCUCAAACCAACGAAUACUAUUGUCACCCGUUUCGCAAAAGUUGCUUGUGCAGUGCCUUUUAACCGCGCAAUAAAGGACUCCACUUCGCAAAUGAACGCAGUUACUUGGUCGUGACCCACGCGGGGAGGUCUCCCCAGCCUCGGUGGAGGCUUACCGACAUGCAUGUCUGGGUCGAAGGGGAGACCACCCUCCCAUCCGAUCCUUACGCUGAUUUGGGCGACGCCGUAGCUUAGGAAAGGGACAGAGGACACGACAGAUUCACCGACGACUAAAUGAUUUGGUGAUUUAGUCCCGGAUCGAGGAGUUUGGAUUAAAGCUGUCUCCCGGAGUGGGAGCUGAGCUCUUAGAGGCAUUCGCUGGCGGAUGCUUAAUUUCUGGGAAUGAGGUGUCAAGGAUGUGUUUUUGUGAUUUUUUUUUUUUUCAACCGGAAAAAAAAAAAUUGUAUAUUUUAUAUUUCUCAGCUGGAUUUCGGGAGGAGAGCAUGUCUCUCUCCCUCUAUCCCCCCCAGGAUCGGUGUUCAAGUGUGCACAAGCGCGAGCACGCGGAUUUCACCGCAAACGGCUUUUGUUGCCUUGUGUUAAUGGGACUUUGCACCGAGGUGUUACUAAACACGGAGGGAGCAGCGGCUGCUGCCCCGGAGGCCCGCCGGCUUUUGUGCGUGCGUGCGCGGUUGUCUUUUCGCGAUUUCCUCGGGUGGGGAUGCGAGGUGACUUCUAGAGAGGAUGGAAAAAGAGGGUGGCUUUACCCUGGCGGGGAUUGGACCUGUCUUUAAAAGGAAAGAAAAAAAAAAAAAGAAAAAAGAAAAUAAAGGCGGAAUAAAAGCCCGGCAAGCCGUGCUCAGCGCCCGGGGGGCCGGGAGCAAGCGGGCGGAGCGCGGGGCCGGGCGCCGGCGGCGCGGAGGCUGCGGCGGGGCAGCGGCGGCGGCGAGUGGAGCAGUGCCUGUUUGAGGGAGUUGUUUGGGAGUUGCACAGCCAGUCCGACGGGUUGCGCCGGAGCCCCGGCUUGUCUGGGCCGGGAGAAGCGCUCGCCUUGCCUUUUUUCCCGUCUCCCUCUCCCCCCCGCCACGUCCCUCCCGCCUUCCUUCCCUCCCCGCCUCGCCGCCUCCUGCCUUUUCCCCCCGUCUUUUCACGGGUCCUGCGAAAGGGGGGCCGCGGGGAGCCCGGCGGAUGCUCCUUGGGCUCCCCAGCCCCCCGGCCCCGGGCGCCCACCAGCCUCGGCGCUGGGCUCGAACCGAAGAAGGAGGAGGAGGAGGAGGAGGGCUGGCACCCAGAAGGGGAGACACCCAAAAAAACUUUCCCAACCGGUUUCCGGGACGCGGGGCACGGAGGCGAGCCGGCUCGGCGGCGCGGGACGGCCGCCGCGGGGGCAGCGGCGCGCGGAGCCCCUCGGCGGGGCGCCGUCGAGGCAUGGACGGGGCGGCAGCGGCGGGCGGCCCUGCGGAGCCCACCCCGCGCAAAGGCGGCGGCAGCAGCGGCGCGGCCGAGGGCGGAAAGAGCCAGGCGGGAACCCAGGAGCCGCUCUUCUCCAUAGGCUUUGAGGCCGGCUACACGCAGCAGCAGCCGCAGCCCGAGGAGCGCCACGACAGUACCAGCAACGGGACAGCCCGGCUACCCCAAUUGGGGACCGUGGGUCAGUCUCCCUACACCAGCGCCCCGCCGCUCUCCCACACCCCGAACGCCGACUUCCAGCCCCCCUACUUCCCCCCACCUUACCAGCCCAUCUACCCCCAGUCUCAGGACCCCUACUCCCACGUGAACGACCCCUACAGCCUCAACCCCCUCCAUGCCCAGCCGCAGCCCCAGCACCCAGGAUGGCCAGGACAGAGGCAAAGCCAGGAGACGGGGUUGCUCCACACGCAUCGGGGUUUGCCCCACCAGCUUUCGGGGCUCGACCCACGCAGGGACUACCGGCGGCACGACGACCUGCUGCAUGCCCCGCACGGGCUGAGCUCUGGACUGGCCGACCUGCCCCUCCACUCCAUCCCCCACGCCAUCGAGGACGUGCCGCACGUAGAAGACCCCGGUAUUAACAUCCCAGAUCAAACUGUAAUUAAGAAAGGCCCCGUGUCCCUCUCCAAGUCUAACAACAACGCCGUCUCCUCCAUCCCCAUCAACAAGGACACGCUCUUCGGCGGGGUGGUGAACCCCAACGAGGUCUUCUGCUCGGUGCCGGGCCGCCUCUCGCUGCUCAGCUCCACCUCCAAGUACAAGGUCACGGUGGCGGAAGUGCAGAGACGCCUCUCGCCGCCCGAGUGCCUCAACGCCUCCCUGCUGGGCGGAGUGCUGCGGAGGGCGAAGUCUAAAAACGGAGGGAGAUCUCUGAGAGAGAAACUGGACAAAAUAGGAUUAAAUCUGCCAGCUGGGAGGCGUAAAGCUGCUAACGUUACCUUGCUCACGUCGCUAGUGGAGGGAGAAGCAGUACAUCUAGCUAGAGAUUUUGGGUAUGUUUGUGAGACAGAAUUUCCUGCCAAAGCAGUAGCUGAAUUUCUCAACCGACAACAUUCCGAUCCAAACGAGCAAGUCACAAGAAAAAACAUGCUUCUAGCUACAAAACAGAUCUGUAAAGAGUUCACCGACCUGCUGGCUCAGGACCGAUCUCCCCUGGGGAACUCGCGGCCCAACCCCAUUUUGGAGCCAGGCAUCCAGAGCUGCCUGACCCACUUCAACCUCAUCUCACACGGCUUCGGGAGCCCGGCGGUGUGCGCGGCCGUCACCGCCCUGCAGAACUAUCUCACCGAGGCACUCAAGGCCAUGGACAAAAUGUACCUCAGCAACAAUCCCAACAGCCACACAGACAACAGCACCAAAAGCGGCGACAAAGAGGAGAAGCACCGAAAGUGAGGAUCCCCCCAACACGCUCCUCUCCCUUCCCCCUCAUAGCCCAUCGAUCCAUUCAUCUCCCUCCUCCCUCUUCUCUGCACCCAGCACCCCAGGCUACAGCAACAGAAUGAGCAUCCUUCUGCCAAUCCUGUUCUCUUGACUCUGCAGGACUGCUGUGCCCUCUCCCCACACCCCUUCCCAGCAUCCACAGUUCCAUUUGUUCCCGCUUAACUUCCCCCCCCCUUCUCCCCACUGCCACCAUCGUUUUACCCCAGUUUGGAGCCUAAGAGAACAGAACAGGGGGACGGAGCCAGCAAAGAAAAAAAAAGUUCUGUCUUGAGUUUGUGAACUUUUUUUAAAAAAUAAAACAAAAGGAGGGAAAAAAAACCCACAAAAAACACAAAACAAAAAAAGGACUUUUUUUUCUAAAAAAAUAUAUAUAAAAAAUAAACAAAAAGAAAUAAAUAAUACUUAAAAAAAUUCUAUGAGCUUCACCGGACUGAAUCACCACCUUCCCUUACAUAAACGUCAGUUAAGAUUGUAGCCAUAUUAAAAAUGAAAAAAAAAAAAAAGCGAAAAAAGUGCAACAGCAAACAAACAAAAGGCAAAAAGGACUGAUGACAUUUUAUCAGUAUUGUGAAUAAACUUGAACACAAAACACAAGCAGUUCCAUGUCAUAUCUUCAGUUGUAGAACUUUUUCCUGUCCAAGGUAAAGCGACCAACUUGAACUUUCUAUUGCAACACGAUUCACGGUUAUUAUAUAAGGGAAUCAGUGUUCAUGUAUGUAUAUAUUUAUUUAUGUGUAAUUUAAUGGGAAUUGUAAAUAUGGUGAGUCUGUUUUAAGCCUUUUUUUAUUUAUCUGGUGAUCUCGUUUACCUCUUGUUUAGUGGGUUUUAAAUCUUCCCCUCUUAGUUCAUCAUGUGGUUCAUGGUACUUAUUUAGAUAUCGGAGGUUUUUGGGGGGUUUUUCUCUGGGAUUCAUCAUUUUUAGCCCUGUUGUAGCAUGUUAAAGGCGACAAUGAAGCAGCUGAACAAAUAAAGAACCAUGAAUUUUUAUAUAUAAUUAGUAUGACAUUUAGUUUCUCAUUGAAGAUAAAAUAAAGUGAUGUUGGACCCUGGCAAGGUUUUUAAACAUGUUAGUGGUUUUACAACCCUUAUGUGUUGUGGAAAAUGAAAGAAGUUAUUUUCAUCCACUGUCCUUCUCCUAAAAGCACCAUCAGAGCAAUAAAUUAAUAUUGUCUUUUAAAACAAGAUUUAGCUUUUCUUUCUCCCCCCCCUUUUUUUAAAUUUCUCCCUUCUUUUGUUUUUUAUUUUUCAUCUUUUUUCUUUUUUUUUUUCUUUUUUUUUUCCAAAGAACUUAAAACAUUUGGGACCACCUGGUAUCCUGUAUUUCCACUGGCCAUAUUGGAAGCAGUUAUAGUUGUAUUGUAUUGAGUUGUGCCGGCAGUAGUUUCCAUGCCUGUCAAUGUAUCAUAGUCCUUUGUUGCCCAGAUAAAUAAAUAUUUGAUACGCUUUAUGUCGAUUUUUUUAUUCAGUGGCUGUCUUUACCCAGGCGUAUUUUUGUUCUUGGCAGUAUUUUUUAUUCAGUAUGGUUACAGUAAUUGAGUUUAACUCUCCCUUGACAAUUGCUCCUUGCAAUAAGCAGCUGAACCCAUUGUUUCCCUCAAGUAUAAUAAAAACUUACUUUCAACUUGGAGUUCAGAGCAGGGUAUCAUUUAGAUAUUCCACUGAGUCUGUAUUCAGACAAAUGACACAAUAAAGCACAAUGUAUUCUUUUGGAUAAAAAAUUGUCUGUACUACUAACAAAAUGACACACUAUCUUUUCUUUAACUAAAACAUAAUUUUAUUUAAAAAAUAAAGUUUUAUUUUAUUUAUGUUGA